UGAAGUCGUUUUCGUAUUGCCGGUUAAACCCGCUACUGCUUUCAAAAACUUAGAUAGCGAGAAAUUCUUUCAAAUCUCUCUUUUAUUUAGUGUUUCUUGACAAAACAAUCGAGUCUAUACAGGACUACAGGUUCUCUUCACUAUUAGAAGCAAUACUGCAUCAUCAUUUCGUUUACAGCAUUCAGAGGCUCAUUUAGCACAAACAGUCAAUUUUACCGACUAGCUAAUUUAAGCUCUUUUGACCAAUGUUAUCGUAAGCACUCGAAAGUGGGAACUAUGAUUUCUUAUUUCAUUACGGUUUGUCAACCCCACUUAAGAAUCACCAUGUUCACAUCUGAACUUGACAAACUGUGCACUUCAACGGAAGGUCAACUAAACACCAAAAUUCAAGGGGCAAUUCAUUUCAAUUAAGGUGGCUGCAAAAAUAAAUCAAAAUUUCUUAUGACAGCCAAGUGCCUCAUGUAAGAGAAGUAGCAACAAACCCAGCAAAUUGAAUUGUAACCCUCUUUCAGUAUUAUAAUGCCGCCAAGCAUCAGACUCGUCUGAAAAAAAUUAGGUUGCGGCCUCGUAAUUAGACACGAUAUCCGUUAUUGGGCUGGCGCCAGUUUUAAAUCACUUCUUCACAAUGGACGUCGUAGACAAUUCAAGCAUAGUGUACACAUACAAAUGCACUGUUCAUACAACAUCCUUUUGAGGUCCAUUUAUUUCUCAUGGUACUGUUCUGUUCGUGUUUAGUUGGGAUUGUCAAUGAGAUUCUCAGUUUUGGCACGUCCAUUACGAUUGUCAAAAUAAUUAAACUAAACAUGUUACCGUAAAAUAGGCCUUUAAGUGCUAUUGUUGUCAUUUGGAAAAGGCCAAAUUCUAGGGCUGACCCAUCCACACUGUUUCUGUAAAAAAAUUUGCCAUGGUCCCGGCUUCAUCUUAAGAUUUAAACCAAACUCAACGAUCACAUCGUCCUGAAAAAAAGCAGAAUAAGAAAGCUAAAAUAAGAUUUAUGCUAGAGAUUCUGCUAUGGAGGAAGAACAGAGAAUGCCCGUUAAUCGUCCAGUCUAAGACGAGACACAAAGAAAAGUGAAGAAACAGAGGGAAGCUCGGCCGUCCGUGUCGUGAUUAUCGAGUCGUGCUGAAGCUAUCAAAGAAGGUGUCGAGAAGAGGAGGAGGUGAAGGCGGGGCAGAGGUCGACGAGGGAGGAGUGUCUCUAUCCCCGUGUGUUUUCAAUCGAUGAAACUCGUCACGGAGAGAAUUGGCAAACGGAAUAUAUACUCUCAACUUCCGACUAUCGGUGGGACCGGUCUCUUCCGCGUCGCUUAUUAACGAAAAACUUAAACUGAUACUUUUUAAAGUCUUAUUUCAGUUUCCGUGUCGAUUUUUAAGUGGUUUCGUUUUCUUUUCAACACAUUCAGGUUCAAUGGAAGUUAUCCCCUUUAUCUGAUAGCAAUUUUCGAUUAUCCUCAUCCCAUUUUGAUUCGAAGGCCUCAUGUAUCGGCGAUAUCUUCCGUUAAAAUUUUAUCCAGUCCUACCCGAAGAGAGCUGUCGAUGAUUCCACCUUUUUGAUUGAUGACAGAUGGUGAUAGCUCGACGAUCGUGAUCCGCCCGUCGUCUUUUAUGCCAGUGUCGUGCUUUUGUUAUAAUGGCGCCAAUUGAUCGGGACCAGCAGAGGCAGAACAAACGCCAUCAACCCAUCCCGAACAUUCUGCAUUGUUCGCCUGCUCGACUCACUUUUGUUGAAAUGUUCCAGCGCGAUAUAAGUCUCGUCUGUCACGCCGAGUCCGUCGAUCGCUCCAUCUUCUCCGGCCGGGCCGGGUGGCUCUCACUCGGCGCUGUUUCUCUCUCACGUUCCAUUCUAAUUGAAUGCAAAUCGUAAGGUCAGUCUUUAUGGACAUUGGGGGGGAGGGUGGCUGGCCACAGAGCCCAAAGUCCAAUCUAGACGAUCGGCGUCCGGCGAGGAGGAGGAUGUCGGUCCCGAUGAUGUAGUGCCCCUCCCAACUGACUGGCGGGGGGGAGAGAGUGCCUAGAUACGAUCCAACUGCUCUGCCCCAAACUCCCUAUCCUCAUGUGUCAGCGCCAUUAGCAUAUCAAGAUGGAGGAAUACAAUCAAGAGCCCCCGCGCCGGGUUGAGAAAAAGGAAGACCCUCACUCGGCCGCCGGAAGGAAAAAAGAGUCGCUAAAAGUCAAACAACGGAGGUGGCGCUAUAUGGGAUAUAGAGCUCUCUAUAAGCGGCAGAUAAACGCUCUAUAGAGUCCCGCAGGAGCCCAGAAGAUAUAUACACACACCAAACACUUGGCAUUUUUAUCGCCGCUGGAAUAUCCGGAUUAGAAAGCUCGGAAUGGUAUAAGAAUAGGUGUUUGAUUGGUGCCUGGUUUUUAUUGUCCAAACAAUAGGCCUAACAAGUUAGUAUUCUCUCAGGUUGUCGAUUGCCAGUUAAAAAAGAUGUUUUGAUGCCAUAUAACAUUCGUCUCCGGAUGAUUUGUUUUCUCAUUGUUAGCGAAAGGAGAUGUGUCCGAGUUGAGCGCCGAAGAGGAGAGCGCCGGCGUGGAAAACGGAGAAAAGAGGCUCGAAAAGAAAAGGGUGGGACCGAAACUCACGGGGCAAACUCUUUUGACUCAUCGGCGGCCCGGCCUCUCUCUCUUUAUAUAUUUUCUUGUCUUGUAGUAUAUGCUCUCUAUGGAGGAGAGAGAGAGAGACUGGGCUAUACAGACUCUUCUUUGGUGCACCCCCUCCAUACACACACACACAGUUGUUUGCUAUCGCGAUGGCUACGCUCUCAUGUCGAGUUGAUCGUCGAUGAUUCGUUUCCCGCCACUCUGCCGGAUCGGUCGCCUAUCCUCACUUCCUUUGUGUGCUCCUGAUUCAUCCCGCUUCUCCGUUCCAGGCAUCUCUAAUAUCCACCACCAUGCAUUUGCUUCAGAGCAACUUCGUCUAGUUCAUCCAGCGCAUGCGAUCCCGAUGCUCCCGGAGAAGGCGAGCGCUAGCAACGGGACGGUAGCAGUAGCGGUGGAGGGCAGCGGCAGCCAAAAGCGGAUCCAGUGCGGAAAUAGCCCAUCGUCGUCGUCGACGUCGCCAUCAGCUGAGAGUCUUCUGAAACAGCAGCAGCAGCCGGACAAGAUGGCGAAAGAGACCAACCUGUCCGGCAAGGUUUCCGGCUCAGCGGCGGCUGACGAGCAGCACGAACCCAUUCUACUCAAUCACCAUCCCGACGAUCAGCAGGACGAAGACAAGGCGCAAAUCGUUUUCUUCCUCUCGGAGACUACGGCGGUGAGCGCCGGAAGCCACCGGCCGGAUGCGCCCAACGAGGACUCACCUGCCCUGGAAGAACGUGAAACCUGGGCCAAGAAAGCCGAAUUCCUUCUGGCCGUUAUUGGCUUUGCGGUCGAUCUUGGCAACGUCUGGCGAUUCCCUUACAUCUGCUACAAAAACGGAGGAGGUGCGUUCCUCAUUCCCUAUGUCGUCAUGAUGGUCUUUGGCGGCCUGCCGCUAUUUUACAUGGAGCUGGCCCUGGGACAGUUUCACCGCAGCGGCUGCCUAACUCUCUGGAAGCGCAUCUGCCCGGCCCUGAAAGGAGUGGGCUACGCCAUUUGCAUCAUCGAUUUCUACAUGGGCAUGUACUAUAAUACCAUCAUCGGCUGGGCCGUCUACUAUUUCGUGGCUUCGUUCACGUCCGAGCUGCCCUGGACUUCGUGCGACCACCCGUGGAAUACCAACAGUUGCGCACUUGUCGGACCCGUCGAUAACGGCACGUUCGUCCGAAGUCCCGCCCAGGAAUACUUUGAGCGGAACGUCUUGGAGAAUUACCGGUCGGACGGGAUGGACGAUCUCGGACCAAUCAAAUGGUCGCUGGCCCUGUGCGUCUUUGCCGUCUUUGUCCUCGUCUACUUCUCACUGUGGAAGGGAGUCCGAUCGACUGGCAAAGCCGUUUGGAUCACGGCCGUCGCUCCUUAUAUUGUCCUCAUCAUCCUCCUCUUCCGUGGCGCAUCGCUGCCAGGCGCCGGUGAUGGCAUCCGCUACUUCCUCACGCCCCAGUGGAGUAAACUGGCUGAAACAAAGGUUUGGACCGAUGCGGCGUCACAAGUAUUUUUCUCACUGGGACCUGGUUUCGGCACCCUAUUGGCCCUCUCCAGUUACAACAAGUUCCACAACAAUUGCUUCUAUGACGCCUUGUUGACGAGCUCCAUCAACUUGGCCACCAGCUUGCUGGCCGGCUUUGUCAUCUUCGCCGUACUCGGUUACAUGGCCGAAAUCAGAAACGUUUCGAUCGAUCAACUUGGACUGGAAGGUCCUGGAUUAGUUUUCGUCGUUUAUCCGGAAGCAAUAGCGACGAUGGCCGGAUCGACAUUUUGGUCGAUGAUAUUCUUUUUCCUAUUGAUUACGCUUGGAUUGGAUAGCACUUUUGGUGGAUUGGAGGCCAUGAUCACGGGACUGUGCGAUGAGUAUCCCGUCUUACUGGGCCGCCGGAGGGAACUAUUUGUCGGGAUAUUACUCGUUUUCAUCUACCUCUGUGCUCUCCCGACCACAACUUAUGGUGGAAUGUAUUUGGUCGAUUUAUUGAAUGUCUACGGCCCUGGCAUAGCAAUCCUCUUCUUAGUGUUUGUGGAGGCUAUGGGCGUGAGCUGGUGUUACGGUACCCAGAGGUUCUCCGACGACAUCGAGUCUAUGCUCGGCUUCCAACCGGGACCCUUUUGGAAAAUCACUUGGGCUUACGUCAGCCCCAUCUUUAUUCUGCUAAUUUUCAUCUGCACUUUGAUCGAUCCGGUCCCGCUGGACACACAAGAUUACACGUACCCGGCUUGGUCCAUCAAAGUCGGUUGGGUACUCACAGCCAUCCCGCUGUCUUGCAUCCCCAUUUACAUGAUCUACAAAUUGAUCAUCACCAAAGGGACUUUCGUGCAGCGAUUGGUGAAAAUGUUUACACCGGAAGACACGAGCGAUCCUCGAAACUUGUCGCAAAUGACUCUGACGGCCCGCGAUGCCGUCGCGCCCAGCACCGUCAGUCAUCACUCCACUUCCUAUGGCACUCAAGUCUGAAUGAGAAACCAAACCAGCCCCCCAACAUUACAUUUAAAUUAUAAAAUCACCCUUCACUUGUUUUGGUUUUUCUAAUAACUGUUCAGCUUUUUUUUUUGUACGAAAACUUAAAUUCAUUAGAAAUGUUCGUGUCGAUAGCUAAGCAAUAGUGUAGGGUAAAUAUCAUUUGUUAUCAUCGAUGUGUGUCUCCUCUAGCUGUUUUAUAAGACCCCCCCGUCGUUUCAUUUGAUUGUUAUCGUUAUUAUUAUUAUAAAAAGGAUAAUGACUAGCAUUUCGUGAUUGUUUAACCAUGGAGAAAGUUCCAGUAAGCAACAGCCAGCUUAAAGGGACUUUUCGUUUCCUUUCUUUUGUAUGCUCCUCUUUAUUCUAGACACCAAUUCCGUAAAUAAACAUGCGAGAGUCGGAUUGUAA